AUAAAUAUUUAGAAAAAUAAACAUGAUUAAAAAUGACGAGUAUUACAAGUUGUUAUAUAUUUAGUGAUGACAAGGAUUAUCCAUCAAUUUAUUUACCUGAUGGAGAAGUUGUAUCAGUUGGCAGAACAGUUUAUACUAAAAUAACAGACAUAAAAUGUUCGAGAAAACAAGUUGAUUUGUGUGCCUGUUAUGAUGACUGCUAUGUGACAGUACAACAAACUGGCUCAAAUGCAUGUGGUUUUAAUGGUGCCAAGAUUGUCAAAGGACAAAAAUAUAUGGCAAAACAUGGUGAUGUUAUUGAUGUACUGUAUGGUAAAUUAAAAUACAAUGUUGAAUUUAAACCACCUCCAUCACCACAAACUGAUAAAUGUUUAGAAAAACCUGUUAGUAAAAAAAGAACGUGCAUUGACAGUGACAGUGAUGAUUAUGAUGACGGUGAUGUUGCUGAUAAUAAUUAUUUAAAAGAAUCUCCCAGCGCAAAGAAACCAAGAAUAGAAUAUUUUGAUGAUUCAAAACCCACUACCUCCAAGGCAGCUGAUGAUGAUGAGAUAAAUCAAUGCCAAGCUCAAGAAAAAUCAACUGACGAUGAAAUGAUGGAUUUGAGCUUUGAAAAAAUUCAUGAAGAAGGCUGGGAAGAUAUUGAUAAUCAGGCUUUGAUGAUUUACACUUCAGCUGGAGUACAAUCAAGGUCUAAAAUUGCUGCUUAUGACAUGGACAAUACCUUGAUUACAACUCAAUCUGGUAAAGUCUUUCCAACAGAUCAUAAUGAUUGGAAACUAUUAAUGGCAGAAGUACCAGGAAAAUUAAAAAAGCUUCAUGCUCUUGAAUAUAAAAUAGUUAUAUUUACCAAUCAAGGAGGACUUGGAAUGGGUAAAUCUACACCAAAAGAAUUUAAAGAAAAAAUUGAAAGAGUUGUUAAAAAAUUGAGUGUUCCUAUUCAGGUAUAUAUUGCAACUACGAGAGAUUAUUAUCGUAAACCAUUGACUGGAAUGUGGGACAGACUUGUCAGCCAUAAUAAUGAUGGAGUAUUAAUUGAUAAAGAUAAAUCAUUUUUUGUUGGUGAUGCUGCUGGAAGACCAAAAGAUUGGGCACCAAAAAAAAAAAAAGAUCAUUCAUUGGCUGAUCGUCUUUUAGCUAUGAAUAUUGGUAUAAAAUUUUUAACACCAGAAGAACAUUUUCUUGGUCAAAAACAAAAUAAAUUUGAAAUGCCAGCAUUUGAUCCAAAAACAUUAAAUGAUAAUUCUAAUAUCAGUGAUCCACCAAAUGCUAAAUUAGUAUCACAAAAACAAGAAGUUAUUAUAAUGGUUGGAGGUCCAGGAACUGGUAAAUCUCAUGUAGCAACAAGAUACUUGAAUGAUUAUCAACAUAUUAACAGAGAUAAACUUGGAAGUUGGCAAAAAUGUGUUGCUGCAAUGGAAAAAGCAUUGUCACUUGGUAAAAGUGUUGUAGUUGACAAUACAAAUCCUGAUGUUUUAUCAAGACAAAGAUACAUUGAAGUAGCCAAGGAAAAAAAAAUUCCAGUCAGAUGUUUUUUAAUGACAACAUCUGCUGAGCAUGCAAAACACAAUAACAGAUUUCGUGAACUUACGGAUUCAACGCACACAGUUGUUAAAGACGUGAUAAUUCAUUCUUACGUUGACACCCAUUCCACGUUGGUCUGGCGUUGUACAAGAUUCAUCAAGAUUCUUCUACUACUGUGCCUCCGACUGUUAAAUGUAGUAACUGACUACAACUAUGUUGAACCUUACAGAAAAAAUUUUGUUCCACCAACAAUUGACGAGGGCUUUGAAGAAAUUAUCAAGAUUAAUUUUUUUCCAAAUUUUGAUACAGACAAAGAUCGUCAACUUUAUCAAAUGUACCUUUUGGAAAAGUAACAGAUGAAAAAAUAUUUAUAAAAAAUAAUCAUUCCCUUGGUAAAAAAAAUAUAC